AUGGCGCGUCCCGUAUCUGUAAGUUAAACUAUUAUUAUGCCGUUUUUGCUGUAUGUGUUUUAAAGAGAAUAUUAUUUCAGGUCGAGGCCAUCGCAAUAUCCGGAGCGCACACUCGUCUUGUUCUCGCAUUACAAGAGAAGUGAGAAUUGAAUUUCCCAUUAUUUUUUUAAAAACAAUUAAAAAGCUUUUUGAUUGACUUCUCUUAAAAAUAUCAUUAACAUUCAAUUUAUAUGUCUUUAAACUAUUUAGGAGGCAUAGCGACAGCUCGAACAUAAACGACCUUGCAAGUACCUUCUCGUCCGUGGUGGCGAUGGUCGACAGGAUCAGCCAUGCACUGAGCGACCCGGCAGGUAUAUAGAGAAAAAUUGUUCAAUUUUUGAAAAUAUAAACGAAUAACAUUCCUGUCGAAGAGCAUUUCAGACUCUUUAUAAAGUUACUUAAAGAAAUGUGUUUAGUGAGGACCUCCCGCGACCGGAACCUGAACGUUCCCGACGUCGACGAUGUAUGAUUUUUUUUUCUUUUUUUUUAAGACUUUCGUCAUAACUCUGGGUGUUUAGACGGUACCUGUACGAGACAUUCUACGUCGUCUUAAGAAUCAGGUGCAAUGUGCGUGCAGGCUGGCGGAUUUCGCACACGCAGGUAGAUUAAAUUUAAAUAUUUCUUAAAAAUUAUUUCGGUUUGCUGAGAUGUACUUAUUGUGAUUUGUAGGUCCGGGGGCGAAUCGGCAGGAACGAGCAGCUCUGGAUUUGGUCUUGUCUGAACUGGACGAUCUCUACGCGGGUAUUUCGCCCCUCUCCUCGGCGGCCGAGUCGGAGUGAAGAAUGAGUGAUUGUGCUCGUCUUUUUGUCGAUAUGCUCAUAUGGAUUGUUUUGUACUCGAUGAGUAAAUUAAAAAGAAUCUUUGUCGUAUUCACUGCUUGUCAAAUAUUGAACAAGGGUUAGUAAUCGUUGAUUACGAUGCUUACUUAGAUAUCUUUUUAUUAUAUCCGGUUAAGUAUCUCGCAUGAAAAACACCACGGAAAUUCUUGAUUUCCAAAAAGUUCUACCAAUUCUAGUAGAUCUAGAUUUGUCAGAGGUUUCAAAUUUUUUUCUAGCCACCAUUUAUUGAACAUUAAUUUUAUUGAAAAAAAUGACGAUACCACUUUUUUUCAAUAAAAUCGACAUCCAUCGACAUCCACUGAUUUUUCUAAAAAAAGUGAGGAAGUGAUACAUUUUCGAGCAUUUAAGCAUGAAAAAUGAGAAAUAGAAAAAUAAAAAUCAACAUCCAAGCAAAAAAAUUGAUCGAAAAUGUAUAAAAAUUUAUUGAAAAAUAAGCACUUUUUUUAGUUCUCCAAAAAAUUGACUCAUUUCACGCUUUUUUUACGAAAAAAAGUGUUGUAAAUGAGGUAAUUCUCUGCAGUCAGAGAAUGAAAAAUGUGUUGAAAUGACUGAAAUGUCGAAAAACGGUAUUAUAAUCCCUCAUACCUAUACUACUUAUUUUUUUGCACUUUUUCUCGACAACCAGGAAGCUGAGACUUUCAAGGCCUUCCUCUAGUACAUCAAGAAGUGUUGUGGAUAAUUUUUGGGAAGAUCCCGGAAGGGAUAUGACCUUCUUUGGUUUCAAAUCUUCAAAUUCCAGGCGUUUGUACCCUCUUCGUGGUCACGAUGGCUGCUUCCCAACUCCUUGGCCGGAGCAUUUUAAAGGUUUAUAUUUCUCAUUUUUAAUACUGAAUUUAUGAAAAACUAUGCAGAAAAGGCAAAAACGAACGUAGUGAGACCGGAAGUGACACCAAAAGGGAGCCCAUUUGACGGUAAUGUUGAUCAAAAGCAAAUAUGGGAGUACACAUGUUCAAAAAUACAUUUGCAGUGGACAAACUGGCCCUACCAGCGACGCGAAAAAUAUCAAAAGGUAGGUUGGGGGAAAUAUCGAAGACACCAGAGGUGGAGAAAUGGCGCCCCUAAGCGUUUUGAAACGUUUACAUUUCAAAACCGACGUAGGCCGCCAUGGCCAUUUCUUAAUAAGUCGCUGCCCAGGGCGCCCGGGGCUAAAACCGCGAUGGCAAAAAAACGCCAAUGGAGAAAAAAACGCGUAAAAAAAAAAUUAAAGGCAUAGGGGCAGUGAAAAAUGGGGUUUCAGGUAAAAGCAGUAUCUUAUAUAGUUUUUCUUUGCGAAUCGAACUGUGUACUUAAACAAAUUACAGUAUCAACUUUAGAAGAAAAACACGAUUUUACUUUCCCGCCAUUUAUUUUUUUGAAAAAAAUGCUUUGGACUGGGAUAAGUUUUAGGGAGCCCUAUAGGGGGUAAAUUAGGGCCCCUUGGAGGGGGCCCUAUAGGGGUCCCUAAAUGAAACCCUAUAGGGACCCCUACGAAUUUUUUUAGGGGUCCCUUUAGGGGGAGCACGGAAAAAUUUCUGAAAUAGCUCCGGGAGGAAAUAGAGAAACCCUUAUUGAAUGCGAAUCGUUAACACAUCCGCAGUAAACUCAUCUAAUCGCGUUUGAAACUGUUUCCAAAUUUAUUGAAACGAAUUGAAAAACAUUAAAAAGCAAUCAGGAUCAUCAAUGGAAACAGAUAGACAUAAGUAACAAAAACAACGAGCAAAAAAACUGAAGAUAUGUAUACGUAACAGGAUAUUCGAGGAAGCAAAAAAACUUUUUGGCCGUAAAAAGACCCGUAUAAAUAUUUGACUCUAUCUAAAUCACUGUCAACGGAAACCGUAUUGAUCAAUCUAAUAGAAACUCUUCAAGACAAUAAAGAUACGCCUGCAUAUUGAUAUAAGCGCUACUUGCAAAAAAAUAGAAGAAAAACGCAUUGUGUCAAGGCAGAUGGUUGGGCAACUUUCAAUAAAAAACGUUGGGACUUCGACACGGAAACGGUUGAAACUACUUACAUAAGGGCAAAAAGUUUGGCACAUAUAAAAAAGAACACUUGAACAGUGAGCAAAAAACAACCAACGUUGACAUUUGAAAGCAACUUAUUGAAUUGCUCGGCCCGCGGUAAUCUUCCGUUGAUUCUGGUUCAUGUGGCGGCUCAAAAUUUCCGUCGGCUGAUUCCGUGCUUCUACGAUCAUUUAUCAUUAUCAACAUUUUCGAUAUACCUUUCAGAAUCUUCAUAGCUGCUGUAGAACCAAUGCGCAUCAAUAAAAUCGCGACUCCGCGGCAUCUUAAUAAAAAAUUAAUUCUUCUUUAACGAUCAAUAAUCAAAUAGAAUAUAUAAACACGCAUUUACAUCAAAAACCUCCAAAAAACAUCAUCUACCGGUGAAUUUCUAACGGUUUCACACAAUCCAGUAGACCAAUUAUACAUAGACGAAACUCUGAAAAAUACCAAAAAUAAAAAAAUACUCUGAACAUAUUUACAUAAACCAAUAUAUCAAUUGUACAUAAACGAAACACUGAAAAAUACUGAACCAAUGUACAGAUUGCCGUGUUAACUUUUAUGGAGCACAAAAAAACGCACAAAUCAUUAUAAUACAAUUUGAAACCAUAACGAAAAAAAUCCUACUGACAACUCGUUCGUGAAUAACGUAUUACUUCCUUAAGCACCACAGAAAUUGAUGAAAUAUAAAUACAAGUUAUAAAGUUAAACUAAAAACUGAGUCGACUGAGUCAACUCAAAAACUUAGAAAAAUGGGAAAGAUAUUAAAAAAACCACGUUCGUUCCAAGGGGUCUUCGCGACCCCUUGAGGGUCUUGCAAUUUUUAGGGAGCGAUUUAGGGACCCCCUAUAGGGGGCCCUAGGGAUUUCCCCUAAAAAGACCACUUGCAGACCCCCUAUAGGGCCCCCUAAAAUCGCGACCCCCUAUAGGGGCCCCUAAAACUUAUCCCAGGAUCGGCCUACGGACAGCUGUUUACAGUAGCCGAAAACGCGAUGUUGCGGACGUCUCAUUAGACUCGCAUUUUGUGAGUAAUAACCGGCUCUCUGCUUCAAAUUAAGGGUUUCUUUUCUGAAAAAACGUUUAGUAAAACAAAAAACACACAUUGAUAAUAAAGGAAACACAAAAUAACGCUAUUCCAAUCGAAACCGAUGUAAAAUCAUCAUUUUUCACCAGAGAAGCAUUUUUGCGAUCAAAGUUUGCAAAUUAUACAUGAAUAGAAAGCUUUUGUGACGAAAAGAAUUUUGGUGACAACAGGAAAAAUUGAAAAUUGAAAGAAACGGAGAAAAAAGCGAAAAUCGAAAAUGAGUCGAUCUUUUUGAGACACGCGAUCGCCUGUAGAACGAAUAAAUAAAAGUAUUGAAGUUCAUCAAGAGAAAAAACUGAAUCUCUUUCGUCGUCGGAAAGUUUGUGCACAGAUCUAUUUUUACAUCUAUUUUUGAAUAUGAAACGUCAUAUUCAAGCUCUUCUGAAACCGUUAAUUUUGAAUCGUCCGUCAUCUGUUCUUUCCGGGGCUCUCUACCCACAGAUAUGUAGUUCUCCGCCUUAAGGAAGAAAACUAUAACAACAUAUUAUAUAAAAAAAAUUUAAGUAAAUAUCAUAAACACAAAAAAAAUUGAAAAAUGAAAUGAUGCAAAAACUGCGAAACGCGAAGCAAUUGCAUAAUAAUCAAAAAUGCCAACUUUCGCCCAACUAUCGCGACGUGGCGAUGCACGCCAUCGCCGCAUAAUGACGUGGCUCAUUUCAUUUCAGAGGCCGCAUGGCUAGGGCGGGCAUGUUGCGCCCUGGAGGGCCCCUCAUUUCUUCCACCUCUGGAAGACACACACUGACUUUUCAAAGACAUUUCAGGAAAAAUCGGAUUUCAAAGGGUUAGAAAAAUGCGAAACUCUUGUGAAAACAAAAAAUGAAAUAAAUUUCCAAUACGGUUGACUUUACCUGAACAGAAAAUGAUAAAAAGAUUAUUUUCAAGCUAUUUAAGAUCCUUCAAAAUCAGACGAUGGCUUCGAAAGAGGACCAUCAUCUUUGAGGGCCAGCUUCAUUUCCAGAAUCAUUCAUUUCGCUGAGACCCCGGAAUCAGGUCGAUUUCUAACUCGUUUUUUGGAAAAUUUGUGAUUCUUAGGUUAUGGUAGCGAGCCUUCAGAAGAAGAAGAGGAAAGGAUCGAGGAGGAAUAUGCGAUUCUUGGCAAAGGAAGGGAAAAAAGGCUUGGGAUCCCGAGCAAUGGUGAGUUUUGGGCAACUAGGGAAUGAUUUUUCGAUGAAAUAAUAAUUGAGAAACCCUAAAUCUUUACGAUUCCAGGAAGGUUUGCCAUACGAAUUACAAGCCUUCAAUUUUUUUUAAAUAUUAUUUUUUUUAAGUUUCUUUUUUUUUAUCACUCUUCCAAGAUUUUUUUUUCUUAUCAUUUGCGAAAACUUUUAGUGGCCACUAUAGGGUUAUGACGCUUUAAUGGCCUCUACAGUAGUCAAAUGGGUGACCACUUAAGGGGUUAAAAAUUAGCGGCCCCUAUAGAGGUAUAAAUGCUACUAAUAGACCACUCAAAAAGUUUAGUGGUUAGGGGGUCAAUGGAUCAACAUAACUGGUCCAAUUUGCUUUGAAAUUAUCAGAGUGACUGGAAGGAAUACUAGAUGAAAAACUACUGAAGUGGCCACUAAAUAGAGAACCUCUAUAGUGAUCUACUAAAAGGGAGAUUAGUGGCCACUAUAGAGGUGGGUGUAGCGGCCACUUUAGUGUUCUCUCCAAGUAGUCCUUGGCGAGCCUCUAUAGUGGCCACUUUAAAUUUUCCCAGAUUUCCAUCUUUAAUCUCAAAUUAAAAACUUCUGAGGGAAAAAAAACCCACUAUCUUGUGGCGACACUGUCAAAGCAUUCGAUUUUUCGACUCGCUUUUUUUUUGCCAAUUUUUGGAAAUUAGGAGUUCUUUUUAACCCUUUACACAUUCAGAGAAUACGCUGAAGUGUUUUUAAUCGAUUAAGAAAAAAUUGAAAAAGUUCCAGAUCAAAACUCCCCUUUUUCAGUGAUGAAACCCCUCCGAGUGAUGACUUGGAGGAGCUUGAUACGGGACCUGUUGCUGCAUUUGAAGCCAUUCCCGACUAGAGAAGAAUUCCAAACACAGUCCAUCUUUACUAAAAUUAUCACCGUGCUCAAGGUAGAACUUUAAAAAUUAAAAAGAAGCCAUCCUUUUGAAAAAAAAACUUUGAAUUUCCAGAUAAUUCCAGUGUUCCUGUUCAAACUAACGAUCCCACUCAACGAAUCUUGUUGGUCGAAAGGCCUGGCCGUGAUUCAUUGCUUCAUUUGUCUUCAAUUCGGUCUUUUCGCCUUUGGAAGUGAUUUUCGGGGAGUUUCCCUCAUUAUGAAGCUACUUACAGGAACCAACACCAAGUUUUUCGCAUCAAGCCCAGGAAUUUGGGCCUACGCAUUGGGUGUUUCAGCGAUUUUGGCUCUUUUGAUAAUUUUUUUCACGAGGACCGAAGAUGAGCCCCGGCAUUUCAAGGUAGAUAAACGAUCAAUUUUCCAGAAAUUAACGUUCUCCGUGAGAAUCCAUAAACGGCAAAAUAGUAUUAUACCAAAAUUUCAGGUUGAGUUUUCUGACAAGGGCUGUGUGCGCGGUGAACAUCGAGUUAUGAAUUGAGGCUUUUAUGGCAGAUAGACCUAGGGGAGAGUGCUCCAAAACGAAAUAGAAAAUCUGCUAAGCGACAUAGGGUACCGAGGAAAAGCUCGAAAAACAUUUUUCCCGAUAUUUUCAAGGGAAAAACUGAAUAUGACGCAAAAAAAAAGUUUUUUGUGCUUUUUCCUUCCUUCUUUUCCAAUUUUCAAUCAUCUCCUUCGAUUCGAACAUUUUUUGCUGUUUCUGUUCAAUAAUAGAGUGUAGAAGAAUUGAAAAAACUGGAGCAAAAAAAGUUUGACGUAAAAAGGAAUCGAACCUAACAUAGCGUCAGAGCCAUUCAAGAACACUGCCACUUCACCACGCUUCCAGUUGCUGGACUAGAACUCCGAGCGCGGGGAAAUACGUGGGGGCAAAACUUUGACGAGCUUUUUCUCGGCACCCUAUGGCGCUUAGUAGAUUUUCUCUUUCGUUUUGGAGCACUCUCCCCUAGGUCUAUCUACCAUAAAAGCCUCAAUUCAUAACUCGAAGUUCACCGCGCACAAAGCCCUUGUGAGCUCAUAUUGUGGUCACAAUAAGUUAUUUGUCAAUAACUAAACAAGUUCCUGAAAAUUUUACAUACAAUUUUGAGAGACUCCGCCCCAUUUUUAGGGUUACGGUAGGGAAAAUACCAAAAAAUGUAACUUUUUUUCUUGACAGUGCUUAUUCUAAUUUCUUUGUUCAGGGUUAUUUAAAGUGUUAAGUGUUAGUAUAUAGUGUGUGUGCCACGACUUGAAAUUUCACGGAACGACAUUCCGCUGCGCUGCGUUCGCGAAGUGUCUUUCGAAUCUAGGCCACUCUUUCAAUUGAUUGUUAUUGCUGUGGGAGCACAUGAAAGUAGAGUACCUUAAUGAAAAAAAUAAAAAAAUAAAAAAAGCGCGACCAAAGGUGCGGAAUGUCGUUCCGUGAAAUUUCAAGUCGUGUCACAUAGACUACACCUAUUUCAAGCUUAAAAAUUUUAGCUUCCAACAGUGAAACUUACAGUCGAUCAGUUCCUAUGCGGGAUUCGUAAUGUCCGUCUGCUGGAUCUACGCGAUAUCGUCGGAAGUCGUCGAUGUCGUGACGAUGAUCGGCGUCGUGUCGGGAAUCUCGUUCGAGAUCCUUGGAUUGUCGGUGUUGGCCUGGAGCAACAGCAUCGGCGACAUGAUCGUGGACCCGGCGUUGGCCCGACGGGGAUUCUCCAGGAUGGCCAUGGCCGCCGCUAUUGGGGGACCAUUGUUCAGUGAGUUCUUUCCUUCAACAGAAAAAUGAUAAUUUGAUUAUUUUUGAUGAAAAAAACAUACAUUUAUCUACACUUAUAGGCCUUCUGAUCGAUUCUAGGGUCACUGGAUACAGUUUUUUUUUUGAGUUUCUCCAGGUUCCAGGUACUUUUCAAGGUUUAGUUGGUUAGGAUGUCCUUCCAGGUCUUCUAGGUCAUUUUGUGGAUUUAUUUUUGUCUAUCUUGCGUUCACCUGAACUUUGGAAGUCCUGCUUUGAGUUUCCACGGUUUCCUCAGAGGGGUAAAUCCGAAGUUGGGCUCAAAACUCGCAGUUUUUUUUUUCAUAAAUUUUCCGAUUACUUGUGAAAGUUGAACGUGUUGAGCUAUCUUAAAAAAGAUCUGAAAAAAAUUUUUUUCACUUUUUUUCUACUACUUUUCAAUGACUUUUUAAACUAGUUAUAACCCAUAUUGAAAUUUAUCCAACACUAAUUCAAAGUUUAGACCUUCUCAUCGGUUUCGGACUGCCCUUCACAAUCGCUAAAGCUCAAGGGAAAAGAGAUCGCGGUUUUUCAAUAUUUUCUCUCUAUAAUCUCCUUUCCAGCUCUCCUUCAAGCCAACUUACAAACUUCUCAUCCUAUUCCUCUCGAUAUCUUUAUCAACAACUUUAAUCGGUAAGAAACUUCCAAAGUUUAAAAAAUCAAUCGGAAAUUUUCCAGCCAUGCUCGUUCAAAGGUUCCGAUUACGGCGGGUCCACGGAGUCAUACUCGUCUUGAUUUAUAUCGUUUUCCUUGUAUUUGUUCUCCUAGAUGCUACCAGAGUAUUGGUUUGGAAUUAGACAGCCGCAACGCGACCGCAGACGCGUCUCAAAAUUAUUAUCUGACGAAUUUUUGUAAAUUUCAAACACGCUGGCCGUAUUUCAUGUGUUUAUAGUUUCUCCUAGCAGCUUUAUAUGUACUGAAAGUCCUUUUUUCUGUGUAUUUUUUUUUGUUCAACCCACGCCACGGGUGAUUCCUCUCAACGAUUCGGUUUUCAGGAGUACACGGGACUUUUUCACGUAUUUUUAUGUUCCUAUUGCUUGCUUAAAAAGUGAAAUAAAAAAUGAUUUUCAAUGAGAGUUUUUGAUUUAUUUAAAGCAGGGCAAUAGAAAAGUCGGGCGCGCCGUAGCGCAACAGGUUGUGUGCCUGUAUACGGUCCACAGGGUCACAAGUUCGAUCCCCGCCUCUAUUGUUUCAAAAAGUAGUCCAGCAAAUAUGUGAAAAUAUUCAUAAAUUCUCAACCCAGAGCUUCCAUUGGUCUUUGUUUUAUUUAGAAAGUUGCUCUAUUCUGGAAACUUUUUGAAAUUUAUUCGAAUAUAACCUUAAACUUUGAAAAGAAGCAACUUUAUCCAUUUCAGGCUCAAAUCCUACUAAGUAGUUUUUUUUAAUAUAUCGAUUAUCAAACGCAAAGGCUCAAUACCUCCCAUAAGAGGCUCCAAAAUUCCUUCGAAAAUAAGCCGAGGCGUCAACUACAAGCUCAAUUCCUUUUUCCUCGACAGUUCAAAAAGGACAAAGAUAAAAAGUAUAAUAUAAAGAAGCGAAAAAAAGGUGCAAAGAUGUGGGGCGGGCGAUAAAAGUCCGAAACAAUGCACGGCAAAUUUCACUAGAUGAUGUAACCAUUUUUCGUUUUUUUCCUCUUUUUCCUGCCGUUUCAAAAAGUUUUUCCUCCUCCUCUGCCGCCAUUGAAUCCCAGUUGAACUCUUGUUUUUGUAUCGAUUUUUAUCCCUUUUUAUGAGUGACCGGCAUUUGAUCUGCCGUCUUCUGUGAGGUGAAUUUCCUAUUCAACUGAUUUUUUGUUUUGGGGAAAAAUUACAGGGUAAAGUUUCAGAGCGAUAAAAAGUGUGUUUGCUGUAGGACUUAAAGUUUAUCAUCACCCUCUUUCUGUCUUGAUUUUCCAUGAAAAGGAAAAACCUGGAAGCUUUUUCAACAGCAUUGAAAAGAAGUUAUCCGUAGGGCGCAAAAGAGCAUGCAAAAUCAGCCAGUUCUCAAGUAAACACAAAGAAAGGCGUAUUUUGUCGUUUCUGACUUUGAAAUCCUUCAAAAAUAUAACUAAAAAAUGAAAAAAUUGAAAAAUUUUAUUAUUUUCAAUUUAGAUUCUCCCAGCUUAUUGAAUAAGUUAUAUUUUUCUUAGCACUGAAUUUUUUAAGUUAACCUCUUCUUUUUAAUUUUCUAUCUUUUCUCAUCCUGUCACUAUCUUGAUGAACCUUAUUUCCAGUAAAUUUCAUUUGAGAUGAAAAAUCACUUAAAAAGCAAGUUUGAAGUGCGGAGAAGCGGGUUCGAACAAUAACAAGUUCAUAAAGAAGGCAAACAUUUGGUCCCAAUGGUCGGCUCAAGUGGCCAUUCUUUAUUUCCCUUCUUUUGAUCUACUUCCUCUUGACCAGUGGUUUUUUGACUUUUUUUUGUCUGAAGAAAAUUGAGCCUUUCCAAAAAUGAAGGCUGAUAUUCACUCCGAAAAAACUUUUAAAUCGUUGUCCGACGUUUUUUGAUGAAGAUUUGAGUUAUUUUUUCACUGAGAAAUUUUUGAGGGGUACCUAAAGGGGUUUGAUAAGGGCUCUGUGAGGGACCCCUAUAGGGACCUAAAACGAUUUCGUAGGGGUCCCUAUAGGGGUUUGAUAAGGGCACUUUGAGGGACCCCUAUAGGGACCUGAAACGGUUUCGUAGGGGUCCCUAUAGGGGUUUGAUAGAAGCACUGUGAGGGACCCCUAUAGGAACCUAAAACGGUUUCGUAGGGGUUCCUAAAGGGUUCGGGAUGCAAAAAACCUUUCGGUCUGUUUGAUGAAGUAGAAUUGAUCUUUUUUUAAUAAUUUAUAAUAAUUUAUUGAUGAGCAAGUACGAAAUAAAGGAAAUAUACAAAUUUUUUUAAUGAGAGGGUUCAUCAGGUAAAUGAAUAGGAUAAUGGGAUUCACUUUUUUUUUGGAAGACUGAGUUCAUUUUUGAAAAAUUCUGCUCAAGUUCUCCUUAGAAAAAUUUGAUGGGAGUCAAAACACUAGAAUUUUCCUGAGAACAAAACGAUCUCCAGUGCUCUUACGAUGCUCAGAAUCAUAACAAUGUCCAGAUGGAAAACACCAAAUCGGAGGUGGGUGAUAAGGCUCUCGAUAAGGGCCAGGCCGUCCCCCGAUUGAUUUGA